AUGACAAUGAGGCGGUUUAUCCGCUUCACGCAAGAUCCUAUUGCCCUUGAGAAGAUGCUGCGACUUUUUCAAUCGUUCGCCCAUCUCUUCUCAGUCAAUAACUUAUUAUCACCAGCAAACGUACCCUGGCAUAUCAUGCAACAGCAGUUUUCACUUGGACGCCGGUAUCUCCGAUUUUUUCGCUUCACCGAAUCGUUCGCGCAAGCUUAUGAUUCUUACUUCAACCUCAAUGGGGUAGAAGCUGCAUUAGUGUCGGGAAAAUGGAGCUUUUAUGGCCUUUAUCUGGCCUGUGAAAGUUUAUGUCUGCUUGAUGCUAUGCAGAUUUGGGAAACGGUGUGGGCGAAGUGGGUAAUCGUUGAAGGUUAUAAAUUUUGGUCGUUCUCCUUGGUCUGCUCAAUUUCCUGGGGAGUUAGGAAGUUAUGGAAAUUUCUAGAGACUAGAAGUUCAGGUACCGGAAAAAAGCAAAAGCCUAGCCAAGUAAAGACAAAGAUUUUAGCUGUUAGUAUAAGGAUAGUCAUCGAUGGCCUUGAUUUGGUCACCCCAGGCAUGGUUUUGGGAUGGUUACCACUGAGUGCCAAUAUCCUCGGGCUCACAGCAGCGAUGAGUACUAUACUUUCGCUGAUUUUAAUUUGGAAUCAUAUUGAUUGA